AUGGCGAAACGACAGGCAGAUGCCGACCUCGAACAAGAGCUCAGCUUGAACUCGCCCGCCUCUAAAAAACCACGUUUCGCUGAAGCCGAUUCCCGCAAUGGUCAUCUGAAUGGUCGCGAGUGGGAGCAAGAUGAACGCAAUCAACAAGACAUCCUCGCCGCUGCCGAUCUGGAAGCAGCAGAAAUGCAAGAAGCUGAACAAGAUCGACCGGAAUCUCCAGAAGCCGACGAUGACGAAGAAGAAGCACAACUCGCAGUCCCGCAACGCCAGUCGCAACCAGUCGAAGGGUACGGUGAUCUGUACCUAGACACAAUCAAUCGCGCCGUGUUAGAUUUUGACUUCGAGAAGCUUUGCUCGGUGUCGUUAUCCAACAUAAAUGUUUAUGCCUGCUUGGUAUGUGGUAAAUACUUCCAGGGGCGAGGCAAUAAGUCUCAUGCAUAUUUUCAUGCGCUGGAAAUUGGCCACCAUGUGUUUGUAAACAUGGAGACGAAGAAGGUCUACGUUCUGCCUGAGGGCUACGAAGUGAAGAGCAAAAGUUUGGAUGAUAUAAAAUAUGUCGUGGACCCGACUUUCACGAAGAAUGAUGUGUUGAAGCUUGAUAAAGAAGUCCGCGAUGCCUGGGAUCUGCUUGGGAAGAAAUACCGGCCUGGAUAUGUUGGAAUGAACAACAUCAAAGCGAACGAUUACUUGAAUGUCGUUGUUCAGGUCCUCGCACACGUCACGCCGAUUCGCAAUUUUUUCCUCCUUCAAAACUUCCCGGUCCCAGGAUCCCCUCAACUAUCCGUCAGAUUCAGCACUUUGGUGCGCAAAUUAUGGAAUCCCAAGGCAUUCAAGUCACACGUAUCACCUCACGAACUGCUCCAAGAAAUCGCUCUGCGUUCUUCGAAGCGGUUUACCCUCACCCAUCAGUCAGACCCCGUUGAGUUCCUUUCAUGGUUCUUGAACAAUCUCCAUCUCACUCUCGGCGGGUCCAAAAAGCCGUCAAAAGCACCAACAAGCGUCAUUCAACAAGCCUUUCAAGGGCAUUUGCGAAUUGAAAGUCAGGCUAUCACGGCGCAUUCCGAUACCACAAACUCUCGAUUAGUUUUUGCCGAAUCAAGUGAAACAAACACACAAACAUCUCCCUUUUUAAUCCUUACCCUCGACCUCCCACCUACACCUCUGUUUCAAUCUGCAAACAGAGAGUCUAUCAUCCCUCAGAUCCCGUUGACGACACUCCUCAACAAGUACAACGGUAUAACCGCAUCUGAGAAACUCUCUCAUCGUGUCCGUCAUCGACUCCUACACCCUCUCCCCCCAUAUCUCCUCUUCCACAUCAAACGCUUUAGCAAGAAUAAAUUCGUGUCCGAGCGAAACCCAACCAUUGUCACAUUCCCCUCCCCACGAUCACUGGAUAUGUCACCAUAUGUCGAGCCAAACCCCCAACUCUGGCCCCCCGGUGAACCAAUCAUAUACGACCUCGUCUCAAAUAUCAUCUUAGACGCAAACGCGCCAACCCCCGGGGCCGGGGAGGAUACCUCUGCUGCAGCAGAUAAAGGUCUCGCAGCCGCCGGUGGUGCAGGAAACAAGAACGCCUCUUCUGCAGCAACAACUGGCGCUGGUGCCGGUAGCGAGAAAGUCUCAUGGCUGGUCCAGUUACAUGAUAAAGCGAUGGCGGCUGAAAAUGCCAAACAUCAACAGCAGCAGGCGCAACAACGGGGACCGGAGUGGCUUGAGAUUCAGGAUCUGUAUGUUCAGCGGACAGAGAGCGAGACACUGUUUACGAGGGAGUCAUAUUUGAUGGUUUGGGAGAGGAGGAAGACUUCUGGGAUGAAGAAGGGUAAAGGCGCGGCGAAAUGA